CACCCGCUGGGCAAGGAGACAGCAGGGCUGUGUGACACACACGGCCUGGCAGUGCCUCCCCCCACCGCACUGGCCCUCCAUGGAAGCCUUGGUCUGUGCGUUCUCUGAGCUGCGCAUCAGAGAAGGUGCAGCAGGCCGGGCUCAAGGACACCUCAGCUACCCCGACACACUUCUCAACAUCUAUGAAGGAGGGCUGGGGAGCCAGGAGCAGCAGUGCCCUGUUCAGGGCAGCAAGCCCAAGAACUUCCGGCUGCGCCACCUCCGAGGCCUGGCUCUCUACCUGCCUGGCCACAUGCAGCCUGCUGGCCAGUGUAAAAGCCAUUGGCUGGGCCAGCUCAUGACGGGCAGCUGCCUGCCACAGCCCAAGGGCUCUGCCUGGCCCCUGCUUCUGCCACGGGGGUCUCUGGGCCCAACUAACAGCUACUGCUCAGCCCUUCUGGAAACCCAAGUGCAUGGGGACAGCCUGGGAAACACAGCUUCCAGCUCCAGCAUGGACCAGGCCAAGGGCACACCUUCCCAACCUGGGGCCCCUGAGGGCUUAGGGCUCAGGCCCAAGAGGUCGUGGGGGGCACUGGAGGAGACCAUUUGUCCCUUGUGCAAGAGAACUCGCUCUGGGGCUCUGGAGAGGCAAUAG